UCCGCAAAACAGACGGCACAGUCCCGUAUAACGGAGUGACAUAGGUGUGUUAAUUGUGGAAGUGCCUGUGGGCCAGAGCGGGCUCACGUGCACAGGUGCCAGAAUAAUUGGGAUUCACAUGUGUGGUUCAUUGUUGGAGUGUCAGUGAGAGGUGUGUAGAUGGAUAAAGAACGCACUCGAAUGCCUCCAGGGACUUCAGAGGCCACCGCCAGCAGUUCAGAUACCACGAACUCCUACCCAACUUGUGCCAGAUGUCGCAAUCAUUGGUUAAAAAUUCGUGUUAAGGGCCACAAACGUUACUGUAAGUACCGGGACUGUACGUGUGAGAAAUGCACUCUUAUAGCCAAGAGCCAGAAAUACACGGCGCUCCAGACGUCGGUGUGGCGCGCCCAGGCGCAGGACGAAGCCCUCGCCAGACAAGCGAGUCAUUGUCCGGAGGAAGGUGUAACUGUUACUCACAGAACCCCGUCUGAGCUGGAUUCCAAAUUAAUGGAGAGGAUUCGGAAUUUCCUGGGCAGAACACAGGACACUGCUCCAGUCGUCCCCGGGACGGAUUCGCGUUUAGCAGAGGGCAGUAACAGCUCCUUGCCUGCUGGGAGCAGAACUCUGUCCACAGCUCCUGAGAGGGAUUCCCGCUCACCGGAUGAGAGUAGUGACUCACUAUAUUCCGCACACAGUUCCACCGCCGGCACAACACAGCCCACCGCCUCAGCCGCCCCGAGGAUAGAUUUCCGCGUAAUGGAAGGGAUUGGCUACUCUUUGUUUACCGGAGGUAGAACACUGCUUACCGCCCCAGUCGCCACACGUCCCACAGCCCCAGUCGCCACACUUCCCACCUCCCCAGGCGCCUCUGCCAUAGAUUCCCAGGCAAUAGAGAAGAAUGACUAUCCUUUUGCUAACGGAAGCAGAACGUUGCUCACCGCCUCAGUCUCCUCAGCCGCCCCUAGCACGGAUUCCCGGCCAUUGGAUGGAUGCUUCUACUCUUUGCCUGCCGGAGGCAGAAUACUGCCUCCAGUUCCAGUGACCGAUUUAUUCUUAGUGGAGGAGGCCCGCAAAGCACUGUAUUCUUCACUUAGUUCUACCACCGGCGGCACCCUGCCCAUCGCCCCAAUCGCCUCCGGCGCCCCGUUGAUGGAUUCUCGCUCAACUGAUGGCAACUCAUAUUCUUUGCCCACGGGCAGCAGAACAUUUCCCAAUGCCCCAAUCGCCCCUUGGAUGGAUUCCACCCCAAUGGUGGGGGGCGGCUGCACUGAGCCCAUCGGCGGAAGACCACUGCCCACCGCGUCCAACACAAAGGCCAACCCCUCGCCACUGCUCCUAUGGUGCGGCCAGGGGUUCCCAAGCCGUGGGUCAGUGAGUAAUGUCUACAACGAUAUGUUAUUAAAUCAAUACUACCUGAACUUGCGGUAUUUAAGCAAACCUUAGUAAAUACAUUACAUCAGUACUGCAAUCAGUAAUUGUUCAUAAAUCGUUUUAAAUUCAUAUCCAAAAUAUAUGACGUAAAGAAAACAGAUUUUCUUGUACACUGUUUCGUGAAUCUGAUGAUUGGCCGUGAAAACACACCAGUAUUGUAAUCGGUAAUUGUUCAUUGGUACUAAGUUACCAAAAAGUGUUUUAAAUUCUUGUCAAGAGUGUGUGACAUUUUUCAAAUUAUUCUUUUGUAUAAUGUUGCGUGAAACAGGUCGUUCACUAAGAAAAGGAAGUGAUCACUAAGCCGAGGCCCAAAAUUUGCAAGAUCAGCUUUGCAAAUUGCUCUCUCGUUCAACUGCAAAAGACACAGCAUUUGUACAGGCCCAAAUUUACUCAAAUUUCUAAUUAUUAUGCACUGAAUUUAUAAUGUAGUUUACAAAUAUUGCGGUGUCUUUCAAGUGCAUUUGUUUAAGUGGCGUGGGUUUGUGACAUCUUUAAGUUUCAUACUAAAUACUAUACACGGUGAAACAAAGAACGACCGUGACUUCAAGUGGUUUGUGUCCAAUUAAGCAAGUGAAAUAUAAACUGACUGUACGGCACAUGAAGUGUUUUACAGUGUGAAGUUAUUCUUAAGGGUUCUGACGAUGGUGGGUGCCACAAAGAAUUACUGGGUUUUGGGACUUUUUUCCGGACGAUGGAAAAAGUUCAAAACCCCAGUAAUUCAGUGUGAAGUAAUGUUUACGUACGAGAGCUGAGGUUGUCCAGAGUAUGUAAAUGACGGUCUUCUGGGAUGUGACGCCCCAUAGUUUGGUAGCAUGUGGAUUGGUGCUCAAAUGCUCCAGGCCCAAAAUGAAAGUAGCCCUUUAAGUUUCACUGCAAUUUUGUUCCACUCUUAUGACAAUGAAGGUGACUCCACAUGUUAUUGUUACGUGAUGUUUCUAUGUUAAUAGUUCGUAAUGGCCAUGUUGAUUUUCAGCUCUGAAUGUCGUAUCUACUUCGAGAUAGCUUGACAUUUGCCCUUUUAUGAAAUGAGAUGCACAAUGAUGAAAUAAGUCUGACUUUGGCGUUCUCGAUAUAAUUAAAACUCUCAGAUUAAUGCUGACCUGUGCUGUUAUUUGUGUAACUGUGAAAAAUUAUACAAAAUAAUCAUGAUUAAAUGUCAUCUUUGAUCUCAAGUAAAUUCACGUCACUGAUCGAAAUAUCUGCGCCCAAUCAGAAAAUAAUAAGUUGUGGUACAUAUGUUCAAGUUUGGUUUAUGUCAGUGUCAGAUGCAGCAGGAAAUCAAACCCCUACACACUUGUAGUUAGUUGAGACAUUAUGCUACAAGCCGGAAGGUCACGGGUUCGAAUCCCAAUGAG